GGGAACUAAGAAGGAAAUUGGAGGUUUCUUCUGCAUUCAUUAUUUUUCUGAGUUUCUGUGUUUUGUUUGCUUCUUCUCUUCCUUUCUACCUUAACCCUUCCAAGCCAAGAUAUAAAUAAGACAAAUCCUCUCUUCUAUUCUCUGCGGGUUGAAACACCAAGAACCUUACAAAACCCUCUUUCUUUCUAGAUCUGUAGGAAUUCCCAACCCUUUCGGCUCCGAUUUUCAUUUCACCGGACAAGACCAAACCCUAACCCUUUCUUGCUGUAUGAUAUCAGAUUGAGACGUAGUUUUCGUGUUAAUUUGUAAAUUCUUUCGGUAGUUUAGGUUAGAUUGAGUUUUUGGGUUUUGAAUCGGAGAGAUGAACCACCACCACAACAACAGAGCGAGGUACCCUCCUGGAAUGGGGCUUGGACGAGGAGGUUUUCAUCCGAACGUCGGCCACAACCCCAACCUCAACCAGAACCCUGGCCUGAACCAGAAUCAGGCGUUUCAGCCUCGGCCAUCAUACCAGCAACAGCCGCAUUACGUGCAGAGGCAUUUGAUGCAACAGCCACAGCAGCAGCAGCAGUGGCUGAGAAGAGACGCCAAUGCCGUUGACGAGGUCGAGAAGACCGUGCAGUCUGAAGCCGUGGAUUCGAGCUCACAAGAUUGGAAAGCAAGACUCAAGAUUCCACCAGCUGAUACACGCUAUAAGACUGAGGAUGUAACAGCAACAAAAGGAAAUGAAUUUGAGGAUUACUUUUUGAAGCGUGAGCUGCUCAUGGGAAUAUAUGAGAAGGGUUUUGAAAGGCCUUCUCCCAUCCAAGAAGAAAGCAUUCCAAUUGCUCUUACUGGUAGUGACAUUCUUGCUAGGGCUAAAAAUGGAACUGGCAAAACUGCUGCAUUUUGCAUUCCUGCGUUGGAAAAAAUUGACCAAGAUAAUAAUGUUAUUCAAGUUGUUAUACUGGUCCCAACCCGAGAACUGGCUUUGCAGACUUCUCAAGUGUGUAAAGAACUUGGAAAACACUUGAACAUUCAAGUUAUGGUUACAACAGGUGGUACCAGCCUGAAAGAUGAUAUAAUGCGCUUAUACCAACCAGUUCAUUUACUAGUUGGAACUCCAGGAAGAAUAUUAGAUCUUGCUAAGAAAGGUGUUUGUAUUAUGAAAGAUUGCUCUAUGCUUGUUAUGGAUGAGGCUGAUAAGCUUCUGUCCCCAGAGUUCCAACCUUCAAUAGAGCAGCUGAUUCAUUUUCUUCCUUCAAACCGUCAAAUCUUGAUGUUUUCAGCAACAUUUCCUGUUACUGUAAAGGAUUUCAAAGAUAGGUAUCUUCAUAAACCUUAUGUCAUCAACCUUAUGGAUGAGCUAACUCUGAAGGGUAUUACACAAUAUUAUGCAUUUGUGGAAGAGAGGCAGAAAGUCCAUUGCUUAAAUACUCUAUUUUCUAAGCUGCAAAUAAACCAGUCUAUAAUUUUCUGCAACUCAGUGAAUCGAGUAGAACUCCUUGCCAAGAAAAUCACAGAACUUGGGUAUUCAUGUUUCUAUAUUCAUGCAAAGAUGUUGCAAGACCAUCGUAACAGAGUGUUUCAUGACUUCCGCAAUGGUGCAUGUCGAAAUCUUGUUUGUACUGAUCUUUUUACUAGAGGAAUAGACAUUCAGGCAGUUAAUGUUGUUAUUAAUUUUGAUUUUCCCAAGAACUCAGAGACUUAUUUGCACAGGGUUGGUCGUUCAGGGAGGUUUGGGCACCUUGGGUUGGCAGUGAACUUGAUUACUUACGAGGAUCGCUUUAAUUUAUAUAGGAUUGAACAAGAACUUGGAACUGAAAUAAAGCAGAUUCCACCGCAAAUUGAUCAGGCAAUUUAUUGCCGGUAAUUGGUUGUAAAUACCGGGAUUGUGUUUACAAUUGUGGCUAAUAGCAGUGGUUAGUGUGACCGUGACACAAGCAGGUGCAUGGGAGGAUUUGCUAAGCUAGUGAAUAGUGUAUUAUUGGACCCUGGCAUGAGAGGAUGCACUUUCAAAACUGGGUAUUAUUGGACCCAUUAUUGAGUGCUUUUCGAUAAAUUCUGGUUUUGAGAGCCCUGAAACAUUAUUGGAACAUUUUGAGUUUAGUUUUGGCUUUUAAUUGCCAGAUAGUGACUGGGUCCAGUUUGGGUUUCCGUUAAUUACAUUUGCAUAUUAUUGUCAUUACAUAUUUGAGUACUCUAGUUUUAUAUUAUGGUUUAGGGAUGAUAUACCUUGUUAUGAACAUGUCCCUUCCUGCAAUUAUGGCUUCUCUUAUAAA